GGCGAGGUGGGCAGCGGGAGGGCGCCCCACCCCCCCGACGCGGGGCAUGGCUGGGCCGCCGGGGAUGGCGUGGCCCCCGCGCGCCCGGCGGCGGGCCCGGCGGCCCGCGGCGAUGGCCGCGCUGCUGGGGGGCACCGUGGAGGUCGACGAUGCCGAGGAGGCCCAGGAGCCGCUGGACGUGCCGGAGGAGGACGAGCAGGCGGAGGAGGAGGAGGAGGGCCUGGCGCCGUCCCUGGAGGUGGCCGCGUGGAAGGGCAGGCGGGCCGACGUUCGGCACUACCUGCGGCUCGGGGCGGACCCGAAUGCCAUGGUCACCGAGGAGGAGGACACCAUGCUGCACCACACCGCGCUCAUGGCCGCCGCUGCCGCGGACAGCCUGGACGCAGUCGUGGAGCUGCUCCUGGCAGGCGCCGAUCCAGAUCUCCCCUCGCCGACGGGGGUCAUCGCCGCGGACCUCGCGGGAGACCGCGGCAUCAUGAAGAUCCUGGCGCUCGUCUCCACCGAGGUCGAGGCGGAGGCGAAGCGCGCCGCCCUCGCCUCGCCCGACGCCGACGCCGAGGAGAUCCGGCGGCGCGCGCUGGGCACCGUGAAGGGCAGGGGCCUCGACCUGCUCCGGAGGGUGCUGAAGCCGGGCUCCCUGCUGAAGUUCCUGCAGCCCGAGCCGUCGCCGGAGCCGCAGCCCGCGGCGGAGGAGGAAGCCGCCACGGGCCUGAGCGCGCGGGAGGCGCGCAAGCAGCGGGCGGAGGCCGCGGAGCGGGAGCGCCUGAGGAAGGUGGCGGAGCGAGCGGCGGCCCGGCGGAGCGAGGACCAGGAGGAGCUGGAGAGGCAGCGGCUGCAGCGGGUCGCGGAGAAGGUGGCCGCGCGCCGGGACCUCGACCCCGAGGAGGCGCGGCUGGCGAAGAUCGCGCAGGGGGCGGCCCUGCGGAGGCAGGUGAGCCUGCGGCCGCAGAGGGGCGCGGAGGAGCUCUCCGCCUGCACGGCCCUGGCGCUGCUCCCCGAGGACCAGGGCCGCCCGAGCGUCGAGCGCAAGAAGACGAGCGAGUACGCGCAGUGCCACCACUGCGGCCAGAGCGGGCAGCGGAAGGAGUGCGGCGCGUGCGGCGAGAUGGGCAUGUGCGGCUUCUGCAGCAUGUGCUCGAAGUGUGGCCGCGUCUCUGGCUUCUGCGAAAGGCCAGAGGUGCACGCGAGGCCCGGCAUGUACGGCUUGUCUGGCAUGCCGAACCUCUCUGGCCUGUCCGCGGAGGAGCUGAAGGCCUUCGAGCCCCCCGCCGGGUCGCCCACGGCAGAUGGCAAGUCGAAAAAGAAAAAGAAGAAGCGGAAGCGCAAGGGGGGCUCGAGCACGGGCGACUCCUCCAGCGGCCUGGAGUUUGUCGGGGCCCCGAAGGGCUCGCCGAAGGAGGGUGACAGCGACGCGGAGGAGACGUACGGUAUUUACUUCGUGGACAACAGGGAGUACAAGGCUCCCAGCCAGGGCAUGGCCUUCCGGUACAGCAAGAACCUGACGGACACCGUCAAGGACAUGCGCAAGUUCGCGGCGUGGGGGACGACCCUCACGGGCUGGGACCAGGGCGACGGCUGGCUGAAGGUGGGCGAGUUCUUCCUGCCAUUCCUGCUCGAGGGCAAGAGGGUGCUCACCUUCAAGGGCUCCGCGGAGGAGGCCAUGAGGCCCGGCCUGAAGAAGCAGAAGCCAGCCCUCGAAGCGCCGCGGUCGCCCGCGGGCGUGGAGCUCUGACCCCCCCCCCCCGGCAGCGCCGUGGCGCGGGAGGGCGCCGUCCGCCCUCUUAUACCAGGAGGGGGGCCGAGGCGCAGGGGGAGCGGUGACGGUCAGAGGGCCUGCCCGCGAUGACUCCUUGCCUCGGGCCCUUGCACGCACGAGCUCUGCUCGGCGCCGCUGCCCGGAUCCGCGCGGCCUCGCCGCGGGCGUGCCUGCGGGAGUCCGCGGGGGCGCCCGGCUCGCCGGGGCCUGGUCUCGCAGGCCCGGGGCGGGCGCAGGGGCGCCAGCGCGCGGAGAGCGGUGCGGGACCAACUUUUCGCCGGCGGGGGCGCCUGUCCCAGGGCGGCUGGAAAGUCCAUCCCCCCGCUCUGCC